GAGCGUGUUUCCGGCGGGCAGCGAGAGGUGUGACGCGUCGUCCUGGCCCGCGCGUUUCCGGUCCCGGUGUCUUCCCCCCUCGUCCCGGGCUGUUUGUUGCUUGGGGAGCGGAAGAAGCGCCCAAGCGCCCUUCCUUUAGCAGCGGUGGCGCCUCCCGAACCCGCGAUGCCUGUUAAAAGGUCACUGAAAUUGGAUGAUCAGUUAGAAGAAAAUUCAUUUGGUCCUUCCAAAAUCACAAGGAAGAGAAGUAUUACAUCUUACUCUCCAACAACUGGAACUCGUCAGAUGAGCCCGUUUUCUUCUCCCACGAGCUCUAAAAAACAGAAGCACAGAAAUAGACCAUCAAAUGGAAAGAGAAAAAAGUUGGAUCACCUCAGUUUGGCAGAAAGAAAGGAAUGCCCACCAAAAGACGAUGAAUUCAUGGUGGUAUUCUCUAAAGUUGAGAAAUCAUUGGAAGAAAUCGUGGAGACAAUGUGGAACUUAAGGAGUGUACAGGCUUUAGAGGGCAACAAGAAGUUGGAAAAUCUCAUUGGUACCUCUUGUACAUCACGUUUCUUAAAAAGAGAAGUGAAGAAAACCAAAGAACUAUUGACAAAAGUAACAAAACAAAAGCUGUUUGAAAAGAAAACUUCGGGACUUCUUCACAAAGAGUUAUGUCAUCUUGACAGCUAUGGACUCCUUGAAGCCAUUUUAAACCGAGGCACUUAGGAGAAAGGCACUGCUAGGCACGGCUUCUGCAUGCGCCUGACCGUAUUUAAGGGAACAGAAGAAAUGUCUGUAUUUAAUCUGCCAGCAAAUACCAGCUCCGAGCGCCGGGCAGCUGCAGGUCUAGAUAAAGUUUCUUGCAGCUAAUUUAAACUUUCGGCACACAGCAGUGGGUAAUCUCAAUGUAAAUAAUACAUUUCUUCUUGACCUUUUAAUGUAAGUCAGCAAGAAGGGAGGGGCCGCUGCCCUUCCGUGUCGCCUGCUUCACAGUUGUGGUGUGGACGGGUGCAGAACAGCUCUGCUUUGAUGGCACUCUCCAUUUCCUGGGACUCAGAUUCCACCUAACAGCCAGUGUAACUCGGUACCAUCUUUCCCAGUGGAAGCCCCAGCUGCUUAUUUGUUGGGACAGGGUCUGGCUGUGUAGUCCAGGCUGGCCUCAAACUCAUUAUUCAGCCCAAGCAGCCCUUGAACUCAUGGCAAUCCUCCUGCCUCAGCCUCCCAAAUGCUAGGAUUGCAGGUGUGCACCCCUGCACUGGGCUAAUUUUUUUUUUUAACUUUUAGAAGUUUAUUACAUAGCCACUGUGUCAGUGAUGAGCUGUUAUUAUACUUUAGUUCUUUCUUAUGCUUAUAGAGAAAAGUAUUUUCAAAGUUUUAAAAUUUCCCCUUUUAUAAGAUAGGAGAAUCCACUUUUCAGUACAUUCACACUUUGCCAAAAGACCAAAAAGUGAAGUUGUUUCUAAACUAUGCUACACAGGUGCCAAGAAAUUUAAAGACAAGACCUUUGUUAUGGGGAGUGUACAAUCCAAUCCCUUCCAUGUUACCUUCAGUACCUGUGAUAGAAUCAGGGUCACUGUUGCCACUCAUGAAACAGUGUCGGGGAAUCACAGAAUGUCACAACUUCACCAGAGUGUGCUGAAAGAUUCAGUACUUUCUUGACAGUUUCUGCAGGGGGUAAUGCUACUCCCUCAGUAGCUGCCUUAAAUUUUGACAAAAUCAGCAUGUCACUUGAUUCAGUGUAUCAUGAAAAAUACUAUAUUAAAGUCUGAAAUAAAAUUUAACAAAUUAAGAUUGAA